CUGCGAUAACCUCAGCAAAAGCCCCCGCGGGAUUAGCCAGCGAAAAGGAAAUUUUCGACUCGUCCGCCCGAAAACCCCACACCUCUCGAGCGAACCCCCUCCGAACCCGACCGCCCAUCUGUCCUCCCAACUCCCCCCUUCGAAGGUUGAAGACAUCGCCAACUUUUCGCGCGCCCUUCCUCUUUCGGAACCCUUUGUCAAUUUUUCUUAUUUUUCAAUUUCUAUUCCUAACACAUCUUUCGUGUGGGAAUAGUCUUGACCGAAAAAUCCACCACCCACCAUGAGCGGCUACCAAAACGGAGAGCGGCCCGUCCGCGUCGACGACGACAGCGACGUCGAGGAGGAGGCCCUCGUCAACGACUACAAGGAGCAGGUCCAGUAUGAGGACAACAUUGGCGAGGACCUCGAGCAGGUCAACUCCCUGACCAUGGCCCAGCAGACCGACGACAUCCAGUCGCGCCUCGCCGCCGCCGCCCAGCCCCUCGACUUCUCCGCGCCCCUCGAGGUCAAGUUCCAGAGCUACGACUCCUACUGCAGCCUGUUCCACUUCAUCCUCAACAGCGAGGGUCCUGUCGACCUCGAGCCCCCCUCGUACUACUGGGCCUGGGACGUCAUCGACGAGUUCAUCUACCAGUUCAACUCCUUCUCGUCCUACCGCAUGCGCAUCGCCCGCCAGGGCAACAACGAGGAGGAGAUGCAGGUCCUCAAGGAGAACCCAAACACCUGGGGCUGCUACUCGGUCCUCAACGUCCUCUACUCCCUCAUCCAGCGCUCCCAAAUCACCGAGCAGCUGGCCGCCAUGCGCCGCAACGAGGACCCCAUGGCCGUCGCGGGCGAGUACGGCUCCAAGAACCUCUACCGCAUGCUGGGCUACUUCUCCAUCAUCGGCCUCCUCCGCGUCCACUGCCUCCUCGGCGACUUCAGCCUCGCCCUCAAGACCCUCGACGACAUUGAGCUCAACAAGAAGGCCAUGUUCGCCCGCGUCAUGGCCGCCCACUUCACCACCUACUACUACGUCGGCUUCUCCUACAUGAUGAUGCACCGCUACGCCGACGCCAUCAAGAUGUUCUCCCACAUCCUCGUCUACGUCUCCCGCACAAAGAACUUCCAAAAGAACGCCCAGUACGACUCCAUCACCAAGAAGAACGACCAGAUGUACGCCCUCAUCGCCAUCUGCGUCGCCUUCCACCCCACCCGCCUCGACGACACCAUCCACUCCGCCCUCCGCGAGAAGUACGGCGACCAGCUCCUCAAGCUCCAGCGCGGCGGCCCCGAGUCCCUCCCCAUCUUCGAGGAGCUCUUCCGCUCCGCCUGCCCCAAGUUCAUCUCCCCCGUGCCCCCAGACUUUGAGAACCCUGAGUCCAACAUCGACCCCGUCGAGCACCACCUCGCCGUCUUCAUGGAGGAGGUCAAGAUCAACAUGAUGAGCCCCACCGUCAAGUCCUACCUCCGCCUCUACACCACCAUGGACCUCAACAAGCUGGCCGGCUUCCUCGAGGUCAAGCCCGAUGAGCUCCGCUCCUGGCUCCUCGUCAACAAGCAGCGCACCAAGCAGUUGCGCUGGACCGACCACCCCAGCCUGUUGGACGGCGACCUCAUCAACGUCAGCGACCUGGACUACGCUAUGCAGGGUGAUCUGAUCCACAUCUCGGAAGCCAAGGUUGGCCGCAAGCUGGUCGACUGGUACCUCCGCAACCUGUCCCGCACGUACGCUUGAGCGAUCGUAAAGGAUACGCUUCGGGCCCUAUAAAACCAGCAAGGCAAAAUGGACAACCAGCUGGCCGAGAGGAGGACAAAAGGAAACGGGCUGGUGGUAGCAAACUACCAGGCGGGGGGUGUUUGUGUGCAUGUUGGCAAAAUGGCAAUAUGCGAAUGCGUGUAGUUACCAGGAAUCUGCCAACGAGAGGUGGUGGAAACUCCCACCCUCAUCCACUUGACGUUACCUGUGGAUUCGAGGUCGGAGGGUGUGACGAGGAUGAGAAAAAGACAAAAGGGCAGAGAGAAGUGGCCAAAAAAGCACUUGGGAAGAAAUGGGAGGGCCCGAUAGAGGGAUGCUCGCAUUGUUAUGGCGUUCAGGCGUCUUUGCUUCCUGGAACACCUGGACCUGGUUGGCUGGGCGGGAUGAAGUGAACCAAGGGGAAUAAUUAGAAUUCAAAGUACAAACGUCCAUCUGAAGCUCUUCGUGGUCAGUGUACU